AGACAAAUCCACUUCGAGUAUCUACACUCAGCUGAGAGCAUUCGGUGCUGACUAGAGUUACAAAUAUGGAUACUCUGCGCCCAGUUUAUUGCCAGAGCAGAGACCAAACAAUAGUUUGCAGUUCAUACGUUUACACAAAAAUACGCUGGCUUAUUUAAGCGGUGGAUGGAUGGGUGUUUUGUUUUUUUUUUUAUUAUUUGGCUUAAAGAUUGCGUAGAUAUUUUUUUGAGUUUUAUUUUACUCUCGUGUUUCGUGGCUGGUUAUUCAAUUCAAUUGUGAUUUUGGCCCCAAAAUAAUAAAAACAACAACUAAACGAUCAUAAUAACCAACAUAACAAAAUCAAAGCAACAACAAGCGUUUGCCUGAAAUUAAAGUGACCAGAAAAAAACGCGAAUGCGUCUACACGAAAUUUAAAGCAGAUCUUGUGAAUUGAAUUGAUUUGCAGUUGUUGUUGGUGUACAUCACUAAUCAAUCGAAAUGAAAUGUUAAAAUGUGUAUCUUUAUAUGAAAAAAUAUUUCGAUUUGUGGAAUCAUUCUUGGACCAGUUUUAAGACACAUUAGAUUCUUCUUUCUCAUCUUCCACUUUUUGGAGGGGAUUUUUUCAUUCCAACUUCCAUUGAAGUGUUGUGAUCAGAAGUGUGUAUAUCAUCGUUAUUUACUUCAUUAUUUUUUUUCCAUUUCAUAUAGCGAAUUGAAACCCAGCCGAAACCGAAAUAACGGCAGUCACAACCAAAGACAACAGACAGUGUAGUACCAGUAUCGAGUGGAACCUACUGCAUAGCACAGCAUAAAAAUCCCCGUUUUUUGAAUGGAUUUGAGUGAAUUGCUGAAACCAACUUGCAGUGGUUUUUCGGCUUAAAAGACAAAAAACCAAAGAAAUAAUAAAACAAAAUAACACUCUCGGUAAUAAAGAAAGAAACAACAAAAAUAACAGCGUCACACUACCAUAAGUUGUUAACAACUCCCGUGUAAUAGAACGUGUUGGAAUUUUGCUCCCAACACACAACAAAAACAAAAUUAAACAAAUCGCAUCGAAAAAACAAAACAACAAAAAUUUAAUAUUUGUGAAAUAAUUUGUGAAUUUGAAUGUGAAUGUGGAUGAUGUGAAACAAACCGGCCAGCUUAGCUUCAAAAUUAUUUAAAUCAAUAAAAUCAACAACAACAACAAGAAAAUUAUAAAUAAAAAAUACCCCCUUGAUCGCCAAGUCUUGAAGUGAACACAAACAACAAAGAGAGCGCGUGUGUGUGUGUGUGCGCGCACCCUCAAACACCCAUUGAAUAAUUGCAGAUUAAUGACGUCUGACUCCGUUGCCAGUCUUGGAAUGGCAUAACAGCAUAGACGAGCGUUUUUUGUUCGUUUUGUGGCUGGCGAUUACCACUUUUUGCAUUCGCCAAUUCUCAUUUGAAAUUCAUUAGUCCAUAGCGGUUGUUGUCUUGUGAUAUUUGGUUUUGUUGGUCUCUAAGAUGACACGUGCAUACUGUCGACAAUUUCGAUCGAAUCGGAGCUGAGAAACUGCCAGGUGCUAUUUCCUCCCCAACGCAAAAAAAAAAACAGAAAAAAAGUCUGCGGCUUUUUAAAAUUUCAACAACGGUGCCACCUAAAACCGCAACAUGACAGUUUCCUAUGCCGGUGAAGUGCCAAAUGGCAGCAGUUUUGGCUGCUUUUGGAAAAUUUUAUGGAAAUGGCGUGGCAGUGUUUAUAAAUUAGUUUGGCGUGAAUUAAUCGCUUAUUUAUGUUUAUAUUAUACAAUAAAUUUUUUAUAUAGAUUCGUUUUUACCGAAUAUCAACAAAAAAUAUUUCAUAAGAUUCGCGUAUAUUUUGGCCAACAGGGUGAAAGUAUACCAAUGUCCUUUGUAUUGGGCUUCUAUGUUAGUCUGGUAGUGAAAAGAUGGUGGGAACAAUACAGACUCCUGCCAUGGCCAGAUACCCUGGCGUUAUUUAUUAGUGCAGCCAUACCAAACUCAAAUGGAGGCGUCAAUAACGAAACAGGCCGUUUAAUGCGCCGAAAUAUCAUGCGUUACAUGGUAUUGGCCUAUGUCAUCACCCUGCAACGCAUUUCCCUUCGAGUCAAACGUCGUUUCCCCACCACCCAACACCUCGUGGAUGCUGGUCUCAUGCACGAGUCAGAAAUGAAAAUCUUCGAAUCGCUAAAUCAAAAGAGUCCCAUGUCCAAAUACUGGAUGCCCCUGGUUUGGGCCACCAAUAUCAUUAAUCGAGCUCGCAAAGAGAAUCUCAUAAGUUCCGAUCAUAUUGUACAAACUAUUUUAGUGGAACUCUCCGAUAUACGUCGAAGGCUGGGUGGUUUAAUUGGCUACGACACGGUUUGUGUGCCAUUGGUCUAUACACAGGUUGUAACCUUAGUAUUAUACACUUAUUUCAUUGCCGCCUUAGUGGGUCGCCAAAUGCUGCCCGAUCACACUGGCCAAGAAGAUAAAGAUUUAUAUUUCCCCCUCUUCACUGCACUACAGUUUGUUUUCUAUGUCGGCUGGCUCAAAGUUGCCGAGGUGCUCAUCAAUCCGUUUGGUGAAGAUGACGACGAUAUUGAACUCAACUGGUUAAUUGACAGACACAUUAAGGCUGCCUACAUGAUCGUUGACGAAAUGCACGAAGAACAUCCAGAACUACUGCGAGAUCAAUACUGGGAAUGUGUGGUGCCAAAAGACUUGCCCUACACCGUAGCUUCGGAACAUUAUCGCAAGGAUGAGCCCAAAGGCUCGGCAGAGAAUUACAAAGUUAAAAAAGAGGAUGCCAUGUAUGCCAACAUUGUGCCAGGUGGAGGCAAGCGCAUACCCGACGAUGUCUAUGCCGACUAUGAAAGUGUCGAUACUCCCAUGGUGGAAAGACGUAAAAAUAAUUGGCUGGUACGACAACUGUCACGCAUGGGAUCAAUGCGUAGCCAAUCGACCGCCUAUUCAUCGGGUGGAAUGGCAUUCAAUCGAAAUCGCUUGAACUCUGUGUACUCCAGCCCGGAAUCUGGUCUGCCCAUGACCAUUGUCCAGCAACAACAGCAGCAACAAAUCCAACAACAACAACAGCAGCAGCAAAUGCAAGCCAAGCCGAGCCUCUAUGAUAAGUUUGUGCAUCGGAAAUCGUUGCGUGCCCAAAGGCAGCUAAUCAAACAAAAUUCUCGUUUAAAUGGUUUGAAUGCCAACACUUCAAAAUCCCGUCCUCGUAUACCUACUCCUGAUGUUACCAAGGAACCACCUAACAUUGACAAAGAUGUGAAUGCCAACACCACCAACAAUACCACAGCCACCACCAAUAGCGCCAAUACGGCUGUUCUAAUGACACCACAAUUGAGUACACAAACCACAAUGUAUCCCUAUGCAAGCACCACCAAUAAUAAUCUAGAUGGUCAAGUUUUGGGCACUUUACUCCUAUCACCCAUCAAGGAAAUGGAUAGUUCAUCAUCGAAUAAUACUUUAAUUCCAGGACAUCCGCAGACGGCUGCAUUGGCCCAGGCAGUAUUGCCAAGCAAUUUGGCUUCAAAUAUACCUGUAACAACGAAUAUCACCACACUCUCAUUCCCCUUUACGGUUACAACAAGUGCCACAGACACUACGGGCACUUUGAGCAUCUUACCCAUAUCUUCCACACAAAUACCAACGAUUACCACCACAGCAUCGGCCUUCGAUUCGAAUGAAGUUAUUACCACCAUACCAUUGUCACUCUCCAUACAGCGCUCACCAUCUGCUGUGUCCAUCACUGAAUUGAAUUUCAACGAUAAACUGGAAAACAAUGGUGGUACCGCUCUGCUCUCGCUGAAGCCAUUGAACGGUGGCACCAACAUCUCUCGCAACAACAGCUUCAAUGGCAAUUUAAAUCUCAACAUCAGCGACUCAUAUCUGUUGGAACGAAGGAACUCUAUACGUUCCGAAGGUUCUCCCGAUGUUAAGGAUAUAACCGAUGGUGCCACGGUGUCUCAGCAUGCAGUUAGUGGUGCUGCUGUUGGUGUUGGCACCACCACCACAAAUACGGCCAGGGAAAAGAUUUCCUCCAUUGCAACAUCGGCGCCAUCAACAUUAGCCAAACGUCCGCCGGAACAAAAGACUGGCGAGGUGUAUGUAUAAAUUUAGUCCAAUAAUGAUAGGAUCCGUCCACCCACAUCCUCCCUCCCGUAAACAGCUAUCCUAAGUAUGUCAAUUUGUGUGUCAGAAUUAGUGAAACAAAACAAAGGUUGUGAAACAAAUGAAAUCUUAAAUUAUUUUAUUGAGCUAUUUUAUUAAACAAUUUACAUAAAUCCAAACAAUCCAAUGUGUGUAUGUAUAUGUUAGUCAAAAUAGUCCUUAAAAAGGAUUAAUUUUAUUUAGAAAGUAAAUAAUAAAAUAGAGUAAUCUAGUUUAAAUAUUGUUAACAAUUAGCAGAAAUAAAUGAACUAAGUUUUAUUUUCUUUCUUAAUGGACACGUCAUAACAAUGUCAGUCUGUAGAACGCCGGCACCGUGCUUUAAAAUGUCCAAGAAUGCCUAUAUUUUAUUUAGAAUCUCGUUAUUAUUAUUUGUAUUGUAUUUUUUUACAACUUGAAUUGUUGUCUUUUGUAAAUUGUCCUUGUAUCAUAAUUUACUAAAUUUGUAUGUAAAAUAUUUACCAUUUAAGUUGUAUUUUUAUACCCUACAACACUAUGUGUUGGGGGUAUUAUAAGUUUGAUUGGGCCAGAAUUUAUGUAACACCUCGAAAUAUUGGUUUCCCAUAUAGGAAAGUAUAUAUGGAUCUUCCUAGCUCGCCGAGCUGAGUCGAUCUAGCUAUGUAUGUCCGUCCGUCCGUCUGUCCGUCUGUCCGUCUGUCCAUGUUAAUUUGUAAUCACUCUACAGGUCGCAAUUAUGGCCCGAUCUUCACGAAAUUUAGAAUGGAGGUGGGGCUAGGGUCAGAAUAGAACCCUAUUUCUUUUGGAGAUGAUUGCAUAAUAUUUAGGGGUUGAAAUGGACCAAAAACUGAAAAAAUUCCUGAUUUUGAAGUUGCUGUACAGGUCGCAAUUAUAGGCCAAUCGACGCGGAAUUUCGCAUGUAGCUAGAGUUUAGGGCGUGGAAGAAGCCUACUAAUUUGGGUGACCAUCGGAUAAUAUUUAGCGGGUAAAAUAGACCAUAUCUUUUGUGUUGAAAAAAUUCAAAAUUUUUCAUUAAACCGCGAAUAUUUUAAAUCCCGGCGAAAUCAUAAAGCCAUCACAAGGUUACUUCUGACCUUUGUAUUGAUGUUGACAUCCAACAAAUCGGAUAUUUAGCAAAAUAGGUGCGAUAUAUAUGUCUAUCAAAGAAGAUAUGCUUGAAAGAUAUCUUAUAUGUCGAGAACGGCUGAACUGAUUUCGACAGUUCUCAUUAAUUCAGAAUGGCCUCUUGGCAGGAAAGAAAAAACAUCUAAAAAAAUCGCAUAAAAAUAUCUCUGUAAAGAUGAAAAUAUUGAUUUUGUAAAAUUUUCUCAUAUUUUUUCAAUUUUGUCAUAUUUUUUGGCAUUUUUUCAUUUUGAAUUAAACAUUUGGUAAUAUUUCUACAGCUAACAAAACUAAGUAGUUAGGAUAUCAGGAUAUCAUAUACAGAUCGCAUUUAUGACCCGAUCCUUACGAAAUUUUGCAUGGGGAUAAACUGAGGGUCAGAAUAGAAGCCUACUCUUUUUGGAGAUGAUCGCCAUAUAUUUAGGGGUUGAAAUGGACGAAAAAACUGCAAAAUUGUCAGCAGGUCGUAAUUAUCGCCCGAUUCUCACGCAUUUCAAUGGGGCUUACCGGACAUUGCAAAAGCCAAGCAGUGUUGGAUAGCCAUCCAAAAAUAUUCAAUGUGUGAAAUAGUUUGCCAACUUUUGUAGACAAAAUACGAAAAUAUCCAUUCGAGUGACUUUUUGGAGAAUUCACAAAUACAGGAAAGACGCACUUCUGACUAUUUCGUUAAGGCUGAUUUCGUGGAAGAAUAUAGUCAAAUGUCUGUAUCUCAUAUAGAUGCGUUUUAGUCAAAAACCAAUAAUAAGUGUUAAUCUUGUGCCACUUCUGAGAGAUUAUAGGUCUUUGGGAAAUAUUGGUUCCAGAUCUAGGAAGACCAUGUACGUGCAAUAUCUACCUAUAAAUUGGAAAUGAGCAAAUUAGUUCAAGUUUCUAUUAUUCGAAAAUUAGAGAACGAAACCUGAUGGUUUACUUUUAUUAUUUGUCACAAUAUCUUGUGGAAUUCUUUCGAGUAUCUGGCCUAUAUAAACUGUAUCAUAUAUUAUAGUGUUGUAGGGUAUUCAACUGUCGGCCCCGCUCGACUGUAGCCUUUGCUUACUUGUUUUAUAUAUUUAAGAAUAAAGAUUUGUUUGCCUCGUAAA